GAGCAGCAGUAGGAAUCAUGGAGAGAAGAGAGAGAGAGAGAGAGAUUUUGUAAGUAUGUCCUGUUUGGUUGCCAAGAAAAUGACUCUGUCAACUGCACCGCAAGUGUUCAAACGAUUGCUUAAUUGACUAAAAGACCGCAAGGAGGUUUCCCCUUGCUCUCUGUCGCUCUGUUUUCUUUGCUUUCCCCCGGUUUUCCUCGGCUGCAAAACGCAAUCCUGACUGUGUGGUGGCUGCUCUUCCCGUCGAUCUGAUAAUCGAAGCGGCGUUCCUGCUAGUUGCAGUUUUCCGGCACUUUCAGUUCACUUCUCUUGAAGGUCAAAUAGAGGCCAAUAAAAUUCAAUAUACCAGUUAAUCUGGAUAUGGGUCAUGACUUUCGAUCCUUAUUCCAGGUGGAGACGAGGAGACUGGUGUGGGUAAUUUCAAUGGUGUUUGCUGUUGUUCUAGUUGUGCAAUACAUCGAAUUUCCACAUCGUGGUGCUAUAUCAUCUAUAUUUUCAGCUAGAAAGCCUAAAGUUAUUGGAUAUAAUGGUUUUAACUCCAGCGGAACAGAUAUUGCUUAUAAAGUAGAUAAUGUAACCAAGAUCCCCGAACAAAAAGGAACAGGGCCCAAUGAUGAUAUUGAAUCUGAAAUGGACGGAGAUUUAGAUGAUUCUCACGAAUUAGAUAAUGAUGCUGAUCCUGAAGAUGAGUCUCCUUCAAAGGAUAUUAUAGAGCAUAGCCAGAAUUCAACUGUGGAGAAGACAAUUACAAAUAAUGCCUUAGCUCCACAAAAGCGUACAGAAUCUGAAUACAGCUCCUUUCUGAAUAAUGUUCCUACUGAUAAUAAUACUACAAUAGGCAGUAUUUCAGAGAAAAGUGCUUCUCUCGCGGCAGAUAAAAAUGGAAGUCUUGAUGCUGCAAGCCUGUCACCUGCAUUACCACCUAUACUUUCAUCACCUAACUUAAACACUCCUUCCAAUGUGAAUAAACAGUCACAAAGUCACAUGAUAUCUGCUCAUCUUAAUACAUCUUCAGCAGACAAAGCGAUAGACAACAUAAUCUCCAGUGGUGAAAAAUCUGGGGGAUUGCAAAGUGAUACUGUUCUGUCUGAAAAUCGCUCUUCUAGGACGAAUAUUUCAGUUCUGAAGGAAAGGUCUAAGAGUACCACAGCAGCAGUGGUAUCAAUAUCUGAGAUGAAUGAUUUGUUGCUUCAGAGUCAUGCUUCAUCUUUUUUGGUGAAACCAAGAUGGUCUUCAGCAGUGGACCGAGAUCUACUGGAUGCAAAAUUACAUAUUGAGAAUGCACCUGCCAUAGAAAAUGAUCCCUGGCUUUAUGCUCCCCUCUAUCGGAAUGUUUCUGUGUUUAAAAGCAUCAAAAUUUGCAGGAGCUAUGAAUUAAUGGAACAUAUGCUGAAGGUGUAUAUCUACAAGGAGGGAGAAAAACCUAUUUUUCAUCAGCCAGUGCUCAAGGGAAUAUAUGCAUCUGAGGGAUGGUUUAUGAAGAUGCUGAAAGCAAACAAACAAUUUGUCGCUAAGAAUCCAAGAAAAGCCCACCUGUUUUACUUGCCUUUCAGUUCCCGAAUGCUAGAGGAGACACUAUAUGUACCUAACUCUCACAGUCGGAAAAACUUGGUCCAGCAUCUGAAGGACUACCUAGACAUGAUUGCGGGAAGAUACAGUUUCUGGAACAGAACUAGUGGAGCUGAUCAUUUUCUUGUUGCUUGCCAUGACUGGGCUCCAGCUGAGACGAAGAAAAUUAUGGCUAAUUGCAUAAGAGCACUCUGCAAUGCCGAUACUAAAGAAGGCUUCAUACUUGGCAAGGAUGCGUCUCUUCCUGAAACAUACGUCCGCUCAGCUCAGCAUCCCCUUAGAGAAGUUGGAGGCAAACCCCCUUCCAAACGCCAAAUCCUUGCCUUCUUCGCGGGCAACAUGCAUGGUUACCUCCGUCCUAUUCUGUUACAGCAUUGGGAAAAUAAAGAUCCCGACAUGAAAAUAUUCGGCCCGCUAGCCAGUAAGGUUAAGAAGGGCCAAAUGAGCUAUGUCCAAUACAUGAAGAGUAGCAAGUACUGUAUAUGUCCCAAAGGCUAUGAAGUCAACAGUCCCCGAGUAGUCGAAGCCAUCUUCUACGAGUGUGUUCCCGUGAUCAUAUCCGACAACUUUGUACCCCCCUUUUUUGAGACUUUGAACUGGGAAUCCUUCGCUAUCUUCGUCCCCGAGAAGGAUAUCCCCAAUCUGAAGAACAUACUCCUUUCGAUCCCCCGGAAGAGGUAUCUUGAGAUGCAGGGCAGGGUUAAGAAGGUACAGCACCACUUCCUCUGGCACUCUAAGGCGGAGAGGUAUGAUAUCUUUCACAUGAUUCUCCACUCUAUCUGGUUCAGCAGAGUCUUCCAGAUGAGAAGCAGGUGAUAUCCAUCUUGAUUCCAAAGGAUUGACAAGGAUCCAUGAGUCUCUCUCUCUCUCUCAAGCUGUACAAAUUCAUUGUUACAAUGCAGAAUCAUAGUUUCACAUUAAUUUGAUUGGGGUUCUUGUAAAUGCUCUUUGAGUUCCUUCAUUUGUUGUACAUAUACUAUAGUUUACAUUAGCAUAAAAAAGGAGUCACUGACUCUUUUUGCUUAUCUAGUUCCUUCAUGUAUGUAUUUGUCACGCAACGCAUUUCGGAUUCUAUUGUUUUUAUCUGUUACAUUCAUUCAAUUAGGGGUCAAAUCUUUUAUUGGUAA